CAGCGCAGUGUGUUCAGAGCUCAUUCUGCGCUGUGCUCUGGUUGAAACAGUUAUACUUCUGACACUCUUCACUCUCAACAUGGUUGCCCAAGUUAAGUCGAAUUUACCUCAAUGCAGCAAAGCAAUGGAUGGAAACCAGCAUAAGAUGGAAGCAAAUGUCCUCCUGCUUGGAGCCGAGAAUGUCGGGAAAUCAGCUCUUACUGUGCGGUUUCUUACCAAAAGAUUUAUUGGUGAAUAUGGUGAUAUUGAGUCAAUAUACAGCCACAUUGAUAAAAUUGGUGGGCGGGAGAUUUCCUUCAACAUCUGGGACUCCCUGUAUCCUCAGAGCUGCGAGAGCUCCAAGUCAGUGAAUGAAGAACAUCUGCGUUGGGCAGAUGGCAUUGUGCUUGUCUACAGUAUCUGUGACCGCUCCAGCUUCGAAGUGGUGCAACAGCAGGUCGCACUUAUCCAGAAGCUGUCCUCUUCCUCCGGCUCCUCAGUACCCAUGGUAGUGGUGGGCAACAAGAGGGACCUACAGCAUCGUCGCGUCGUCUCAAGUGAGGAAGGGCGACAACUUGCCCUCUCAGCAGACUGUGGCUUCUUCGAGGUCUCGGCAGCUGAGGCGUACCAUGGCGUUCUGCUUGUCUUCCGCGGUCUACAUGAGCUCAUAAAGGAGGCCAGGGGUGCCAAGAAAGGAACGGCUGGUAUUAUGGGCAUUGUAAAGACUGUGUCUGCUGUCUUCAGUAAGAAACGGGAGUAGAACCUCUUGUAUUUUACUUUUUAUGAAAGAUGAUAUGACAAAUUUGUCAUGUCCCCAUGCACAGACAGCAUGAUUAAUAGCCAGAGAGAGCAAGAGUGAUCUGGACAGCCAUGGAUCCUAUUAAAGAGGAGUAUUUGUAGGAACCAGGUUGUCUUUUUGUAAGUUGAAGGCUAAAAUGAAGAUCCUAGAAGGUUUACUGAGAUGGGAAGAUGGUUUCUUCAUGUAUCUGAGCUUUUGGAUAGCGUACAGCCAGUGACUUUCUGAUCAUGGAGUGAUACAGGCCAAGAAAAGGGGGCUCAGCUGUUGUAAGAGUUUCAGGAGAAUCUGAGAGAUGUGCAGAUUGAGUCAUAUGCAUUUGAGGGUUAAAUCAAAGUGCAUCGUUCUGAAGACAAUUUAUUCAUACAACCAAUGUAUGUAGCCUACUGGAGAGCUUUAUUAUAUAAUCCUAGGUGUCUUAUGUACCAAUGUUGAAGAGCCUGUAUGCACUGACUGCUAAUCCAGAGUCUGCAUGGAAAGUUUUAUAUAGUACAGUUGUUAUAUAAAUUAUAGAAAAUAAAAAUGCUUCAAAAAUA